AUGUUUCUUCGUUUAGGUUUAAAACCAAAUAAUCUUCAACGUUUUACCUCAUUUUAUCGUUCUCGUUCAGAACAUGUAAUCGGUAUUCGUCGUGAAGAUCAAUCACCAUGGGAACGUCGUGCUCCAUUAGCACCUGAACAGGUUCGAACACUUAUAAAAGAUCAUAAUAUAAAAGUUCUUAUUCAACCAUCAAAUCGUCGUGCUUUUCCACUAUCAUCAUAUGCUGAUGCAGGUGCUAUUGUUACAGAAGAUUUAAGUGAAGCAUCAGCUAUAAUUGGUGUUAAACAAGUUCCUGUCGAUUUAUUAUUACCAAAUAAAACUUAUAUCAUGUUUUCACAUACACAUAAAGCACAAGUCGAUAAUAUGCCAUUAUUAGAUGCAUGUUUAGAAAAAAAAAUAACAAUCAUUGAUUAUGAAAAACUUGUUGAUGACAGAGGUGUUCGUUUAGUUGCAUUUGGAAAAUAUGCUGGAUUUGUUGGAAUGAUUAAUAUUUUACAUGGACUUGGCUUAAGAUUUCUUGCACUUGGUCAUCAUACACCAUUUAUCCAUAUUGCUCCAGUACAUAAUUAUCGAAAUGGCGAACAAGCUCGAAUGGCCAUUCGAGAUGCUGGAUAUGAAAUUGCACUAGGUCUUAUGCCAAAAUCUAUUGGACCAAUAAUUAUUGUUUUUACUGGAGCAGGAAAUGUUUCUCAAGGUGCACAAGAAGUUUUUCGUGAAUUCCCAGUUGAAUAUGUCAAUGCAGAAGCUCUUCCAGAAAUUGCACAACAUGGUGCGACGAAUAAAAUUUAUGGAUGUGUUAUUCUGCGUGAGGAUCAUUUAGUUAAUAAACAAACAGGACAAUAUGAUGAAGAAGAAUAUGUAAAAUAUCCUGAAAGAUAUACAUCAGCAUUUAACACCAAAAUUGCUCCUUAUGCAACAUGUAUCAUUAAUGGAAUUUAUUGGGAAUCAUCUCAACCAAAAUUACUUCGUGUUACUGAUGCAAAUCAAUUAAUAGCUGUACCACCAGAAUGGACACCAAAUGCUUCAAAGCCUGGUUGUCCAACAUUACCUCAUCGACUUUUAGCUAUUUGCGAUAUAACAGCUGAUAAAUAUGGUAGCAUUGAAUUAGUUCAACAUACAACAACUAUUGAUCAUCCAUUUUUAUUGUAUAAUCCUAAAACAGAUACAUCUGUGGAAAAUUUUCAUGGUCCUGGUAUAUUAGUUUGUUCAAUUGAUAAUAUGCCAACACAAUUACCAUUAGAAGCAACUUCUUUUUUUGGUUCAAGAUUACUUCCAUUAAUACCACAAAUACUUCAAUUAGAUGCUACAAAAAAUUUUGAAACACAAACUAAUAUACCUCGUGUUAUUCGAGAUGCAGUUAUAACAGCAAAUGGUCAAUUGACACCAAAGUAUGCUUAUAUAUCAAAACUACGAGAACAGCGCAGAUUAAAAGAAAUGGAAUCAUCAAGUGGAAAACGUAUACUUAUAUUAGGUGCUGGUUUUGUUAGUGGUCCUGUUGUUGAAUAUUUAACACGUAAUGAAAAAGUUCACGUAACAGUUGCUAGUGCAAUCCAACAAGAAGCUGAUCGUCUUGCAUCAACAAAUUCUCGAACAACACCAAUAUUACUUGAUGUAACACGUCGUAAAAAUGAACUUGAUAAAUUAAUAAAAGAUCAUGAUUGUAUUAUUUCACUUUUACCAUUUAAAUUUCAUCCUGAUAUUGCUUCACUAUGUAUAAAACAUCGUCGUCAUAUGGUAACAGCAAGUUAUGUAUCACCAGAAAUGAAAGCUUUACAUGAUGAAGCUCUUGCAGCUGAUGUAACCUUAAUGAAUGAAGUUGGAUUAGAUCCGGGUAUUGAUCAUAUGCUUGCAAUGGAAUUAUUUGAAAUUAUUCGUGAUCAUGGUGGGCGUAUAGAUUCUUAUAUAUCGUAUUGUGGUGGUUUACCAGCUCCGGAAUAUUCUGAUAAUCCUUUAAGAUAUAAAUUUAGUUGGUCACCUCGUGGUGUUCUUACAGCUUUACUUAAUCCAGCCAAAUAUUUAAUGAAAAACAAAAUUGUUCAACUUGAAGGUAAUGGUGGUGUCAUGGAAAAUGGAUGUACAACAGCGAAUUUUCUUCCAGGUUUUAAUCUUGAAUGUUAUCCAAAUCGAGAUAGUACAAAAUAUAUUGAGUCAUUAAAUCUCAAUACAGUACAUACAAUACUUCGAGGAACUUUAAGAUAUAAAGGUUUUUGUCAAAAUGCACUUGGAUUAAUUCGUCUUGGUUUACUUAGUGAUAAACCACAUCCAAGUUUACAAUCUACUGAUAAUCUUACAUGGAAAGAAUUUAUGUGCGAUUUAUUAAAUUUAAAACGUGACACAUCAAUAAAUACACUUCGAUCUACUAUUCUUCAACGAUUACAGAAUGAAAGUCAAUUAGAAACUAUUGAUCAACUUGGUCUUCUCUCUGAAGACAUUCUUGUUGAAAAAUGUUCAAAUCCACUUGAUACGUUAAGUACUUGGUUAGCUAAACGUUUAGCUUUUGAACCCAAUGAACGUGAUGUUGUUAUUCUUCAUCAUCAAGUUGGUGUUACAUGGCCAUCAGGAUCAAAAGAAAAAAGGGAAUUAAAAACAAUAGAAAUGGUUGUUUAUGGUGACCGAAAAUAUUCUGCUAUGGCAAAAACAGUUGGUUUACCAACUGCUAUCGCUGCUCGAAUGCUUGUUGACAAUGAAAUUUCUGAUCGUGGUAUUGUUGUACCAGUUAAACGUACAAUUUAUCAGCCAAUUUUACAUGAACUUAAACGUGAAGGAAUUUCAUGGACCGAAAAAACAAUUAAACAAUAA